GCUAAAAUGCAUGACCGAAAAGUUACGGUAUGCUUUGGACUGUUUUAUGUUCUAUGCAUUCAAGUUUUGUCGACUAAUUCGCGCACCUCAACUCUGUGGAAGCUAAAUUCGGAGGAAGGCAAGAUCGUCAGCGUUUCCGCUGCAAACAACUGCAACCUGCAGAACACAAAGUCAAGAGGUGCGGAGAAUGCAGAUUCCUCAAGAGAUAGCAGCUACGGGACGCACAUGAGAAGUAGCGAAGAACUGCAUCAUCCCUACCAUCCUGAAGAGGAUGAGGAAUCUACAUUUCAAAUAAUCACCACAACAGCGGCUAACUACCGGGAAAAAACCUGGAGGCGGCAUUCACGGGAUAAAAUUAUAGUCAACUUGGCGAAGGACUCGACCGACAGUGCUCAGAAUUCAAAUAUAAAGGGUAGCACUGACUCAGAGUCUGACGUACUCGAUUGUGGCAAACCCGUGAACUUCACCUACUACGAUGAUCUAAUCGGCGUGGCACAGCGCUAUAGUCAUCCUAUCGUCCCAGAACCCGAAGUAGCAUUUCUAUUUCUCAAAAAGAAGGGUUCAAAAUCGUUCAAAAAUUUUGAUAUCGAUGCGCUGGAGCGGCGUUUGCGGAAGGCGAAAAGCGAAAAGCCUCGAUCAGUGCAGCUCUACAAUCAAAUUGGCAACUUUUGGCGAAUAAAAGGCGAUGCUCGCCACUCAAUCGAGUGUUUUAGGGGCGCUCUUGCCAUUGCGCCAACGAACGCGGAGGUUUUGCUGAAUCUUGCACGCGUGCUGUUCAACCUGCAGUAUCUCGAUGAUGCGAUCCACCUAACAAGAAGAUCGCUGGAGGUGCAGCCGAGGGAUCGAAGCGCCUGGCGACAGUACUUCACGUUGGGUGAAAUAUUCAAAGCGUAUGGUCAUUUCCAAGAAUCGGUUAACCAUCUGCGGCAAGCGCUGGAACUGUAUCCACAAUACGAGCCGAUCAAAAAGGCCAUUGCGGAUGUGGAGAAUAUUUCGGCUUCGUCGUUGCAUAUAUUUACUAUAAUCAUCAUUGUUUUUCUGGUUAUGUGCGUUUUAUAUGUCAUUCUCUCAUCGAACGAAAGCAACCAGAACAACCACGAGCUAGAGCAAAAAGCCACACGGCACUUUAACCGUGCCAUGGCUAUGCGGUCGUUGAAGGGAUUUACUCAGCGUUCGUUUAAAAAUCGAAAGUAA